UCAUCGCCGCGCGCCACCACGUGGUAUCGUUCGGCAAAGUCAAGAGAGAUUGCGGAAUAAACAGCGAGAUCUCCUCUGACAGACGACAUUGAACCCGUGAAGCGUGUCGUCUCACUGGGAUAAGAAGAUGAACAGUGUCGGCGAGGGCUGCACGGAGCUCAAGCGCGAGUAUGAUCAGUGUUUUAACCGCUGGUUUGCCGAGAAAUUCCUAAAAGGAGACCGCAGCGCAGAUCCAUGCAGCGAGCUAUUCCACAAAUACCACACGUGUGUUCAGAAAGCCAUCAAGGAGAAGGACAUCCCUAUAGAAGGUGUGGAGUUUAUGGGCCCAAACAGAGAGAAACCAGACAGCUGAUGGCCUGAUGUUCACAUGAACGUGUUUUAUUCUUUGCUUUACAUGAGCGAGGACAGAUCGUGUUGCAUCAUCAGACACAAAGACUGCAUCGCUGACUCUGAUGGACACGUGUGUUUGACACUGUACAUUGCUUGUUCAAUUAUUAAAUAGGGAUUAUUUGAGCUGUCGAGGCUUUUUAAACAUGCAAGGAAAUGCAUGUGUGCAUUAAAAUGAAACCAGUUGUGUUUGGUCUGCAGACUGUCUUUAAUGUGCCUCAGAAAAUGGUUGUUAAUGCAUGUGCAUUAUUUUGUAACUUAAAUUAUUAUUUUAAACGCAAGCCAACAAUUAUUUCACUACUGUCUUUAAGGCCAUUUUGUUUUAGGAGGGGGGGAAGUGUAAUUGUAUUUAAAUAAUUAAAGAAUAUACAUUGACUUCUUCAGGUAGUGAUGCAUCAUGGGAGAAACGAAGCGUUGAUUCAAGGAAAAAAGUAUUCACUGCGUCAAAGCUUUUGAAACUGUAAAUGCAACGAAAACAUGAAUGGAAGCACGUAUUACAAACUAAUUGCAAAUUUUUAAUCAAAGUGUAUUUAUUAAUAUUGUUAAAUAUACAAAGUCUGUAUAAUGUGUCGUUUUAUUACUGUAGUCUUGUUUUUGGUUUAUGGAGAGCUUGGUUCAGGCCAAUAUGGGACUAAUUAAAUGUCUACAAAUUUAUAUAACCGAUUAGAUGAGAAUCCAUAAACCAUAUAGGGUUCAUAGAUUGAAACUAAGCAUCCUUUAUUGGACUCACGUGACUCCGUUUGAUCGAUAGUGCUAUAUGCGAUCUGAAUCAAUCAAUCAGUUCAAUAUGAUUCGCAAAUGUUUUUCAAAGCUUCAGAAAGAAACGCGCCUAUCAAAAUGUAAAGAAUAAACCAUAUUUGCACGGGUUCACUUCAGAGAGAUCAAUAACCGUUAAAAAUAUCGAAAUGAUUAUGACAUAACAUCGUUUACUGGAAUCAUGCGACUUUGGUAGUUUGAUCUGGUUUGAUUGAAAUCUGAAUCAAACACUGAUUCGAAACAUGUGAUUCGCAAAGAUUUCGAAGCUUCACAAGACAAACUGCAGUUAAAAUAACACGUUUUUAUCAGUUUGAACGAUUAACAAUUAAUACAUAUAUUUUAACAUGUAACGUUACACCCAUUCGCACUGAUUCGUACGUGGCGUGGUAAAUGGUUUUUGUAUUAAAUGAUUCAACUUAUAUUUUACAUUUAACACAAGAUUUGACUAGAAAGUAUAGUAGUUUGCAUCACUGGAAAUAAAUGUUGAUCUUUUACUAUUUAUUUACAUAGUGAAACAGCUACUUAAAUCUUACCUCGCAUCACUCUUUCACCGUCGAAGCCGAGCUGAAAUUCGCGCGGUUUCUAUGAAGAGUGACGGGGAACUAAGCACCGCCUUCUUUGAUUUGAUUGGUCAUCCAUCAUUUUUUACGUUAAUGAGCUCAGUAUUUAUUUAUGAUUUAUUGAACGUUUAUUCCAACAAAAUAUACAUGUAACAUUUCGAAAUAUGCUCAAACGUUUCACAUAUAAUGCUCUAAUGAAUUCCACAGCAUCAUAAAAACUUUAAUAACAUUAUUAACAUCAGGUACUGAUGAACUGAGGAUAACAUUCAUAUAUAUUCAAAGAUAUUAAAGAAAAUAUAGAUACAUAUUAGGGAGGAAGAACACAAAAUAAAUAAUAAAGGGUAUACGUGUAUGCUCAAAAUUAA